AUGUCUUCCCCGUCAUACUACGAACUCUACCGUGGGAGCAGUCUCGGUCUCGCAUUGACCGAUACGCUCGACGACCUGAUCAACGAUGGCCGCAUCGAACCGCAGCUGGCAAUGAAGAUACUCUCGACGUUCGACCGAGUGGUUACAGAGGUCCUGGCCGAGAAAGUCCGGGCCAGACUUACGUUCAAGGGCCACCUCGACACCUACCGAUUCUGCGAUGAAGUCUGGACCUUCCUGAUCAAGGACGUGACCUUCAAGCUGGACAACCAGACCCAGGUUACCGCGGACAAGGUCAAGAUCGUUAGCUGUAACAGCAAGCGACCGGGCGAAGCUUAG